GUCGUGAAAGAAAUGAUGUAGAUUCAAACAGCAGCUGCAUUUUCGAUAACCCACACCAGCAGCGACGUGACCGCCGGGCAUCAUUAGUUGAACCGCGACGGAAGUAGAUUUUUACGUGCCCCCUUGUACAAAGCAUAGGGUUCUUUAUGUUGUUGCGAACAGACAGGUAUUCAUAUUUCCAGUUUUUUACACAGACGGAGUUAGGAUUUGAUAGACGAGUCUCGCUAGUUGUACUACUUAUUUAGUCAGUGUCAGUUGCAUUUUUGAGGAUCUGCGCACACGACGACACCGCCCGACGUUUUAACACAUAGAAAAUGCCGUCCACCGCAGCUUCAUCUCCGGUUCUGAUCAGCGAGUUCUCUGCCGACGCGGAGCAGACGCUGACGGCAGCUUUCGGGAAGCCGAAAAACUGGCACACCCCGGUGAUUGCUGUGGACAGCGAGGGCGUGGACCUGAGUCGUGUGGGGCAGCUCUGCAUCGUGCAGCUGGCGACGCUUGAUGGAGCAAGCUGCUUCAUCCUGGACCUGCUGGGCAAGGAGGAAAGUGACCCCUUGGUCGCGUGGCUGCGGGAGUUGCUGGAAGACGACUCGGUGGAGAAGAUCAUCCAUGACUGCCGCAUGGACAGCGACGCGCUGUUUCACCACUUGCAAAUCCGGCUCGAGAACGUGCACGACACGGCGUGCUGGUUCACGGUCAGCACGGGAAGGCCCAACGUCGGACUAAAUGAUACCCUGCGGUUUUACGAGCUGCCGCCCAACGCGGACCGGGACAACUCCGUGUACCGCACCAACCACGCGUUCUGGGCCACGCGCCCGCUGACCGCGAGCAUGCUCGCGCGGGCGGGCGGGGACCUGGAUUCGUUGUUUCUGUUGCGCGAGAAGCAAGUGGAGAAAGCGAGUGGAUCGUCCGGGGCUGACGCGCGGUCCCGGAAGAAGUCGGAAGAGUUCCUCAACGUGGCACGCGACGCGAAGGUGCACACCUUCGUCGUGCGUGGCAGCGUCGGUGGGUUCAUCGGCCGCGGCGGGGUCAACAUUCGCAGUUUGGAAAGGCAGACCAACACGGUGAUUUACGGGCGUGGGAAGCGCGAAGAGAACAAGUUUAUGGUGUUCUACAGAAACGAAGCGGAUCUCGCCAAGGUGUUACGGAAGGCGGGGUGUUAAGCUGUCAGUGAUGUGUUCGUUGUAAGCAUUCGAAUUUUUGGCUGCGGUCCUCUCGCAGAUCAGAUUAACUUCUACACAGUUUCUUCGUGUAUUCGCGCCGACUACAAUAUUUUUUUUCAGGCAUGUAUCUACUUCUAUGGUUCCUCGCAUCUGUGUCAAAAUCGAGGCUCAUCAUCAUUCAGUAUUUGACCAUACGAGAUUUAUAUCAGACCCAUCCAUUAUCACUAUGAUAAGUUUAAGUACGCUUUUCCGCAGGUGGAAAAUAAACAUUCAUACGGCAUUUUUCGUUUCACUCUACUACUAAGUUUUGAACAUAUUAAAGCACUGCUCAACUCCUCGUUUUGACAAUGAGGCUCAUUCCUUCAUGAUGAAUUCCUGCUGUUGCAGCUGUAAAAAAACAACGCUUUGCGCUCAUUCACGCAGUGGGUAAACAAAAAAAGUAAAAACCUCAGAAACUCGAUGACAUGCCUUACCUCAAAC